UUAAGAUUUCAGAAGAUGAAAUAAAUUUCGAAUUUACCUUUGGACGUGGAAAAAGUUUUUAAAUUUUCUAUAUAAAUGUUACAAUUUGCUUUCGGAUAUAAACCCUAAUCACAUUUGAUUUGGGACUGAUUGUUAUUAUUUAAUUUGUGAAUUUGCAAGUGGCAAACCCUUACUAUUGUUCUGUGUUGUGAAAUUAGGUUAAACUGAGCCCUAGAUAAUCAGCUGGAGCUAUUAAAUGGGAUAGAAAAAUUUGGGAGUUUUGAGAUCUUUAAUAAAAAUGGGUACUCUGGCUGAGUUUUCUUCGGCUGAUUCGAGGCUCCCAUGGCUUUGGAUAAUUGAGUAUUUAGCCGGCUUCAAGCAAGUAGAGACGUCCAUUAUACAUGAUUUGGUUGAAAUGGUGCCGGACUUGCCUGAGGAGUUAGCAAAAAAUAUGAGGGAAAUGGUUGCUUUGAGAUGUUUGGAGGAUUUGUUUGGUGCUAGUAAUGGACAUGCCAAUGAUGGUCUUUCUGAAAUGGUGGAAAAAGUUGGAUUUUCUUUAUCGGAAAGCUGUGAAGAUGUUCUUCAACACAUACUUCAGAAGUCAUCGGCAUUGGAUCGGCAAAGGGCUGGACCAGAGCUAUUGAAAUGGGAUGUUCAUCCCUUUAUUAUGCAUAAGAGAACUUCGAUCCCUAAAUGUGCUUUAGGACAGUUGAAAGAUGCAAUUCUUGGUGGUAUUAGUCCAUUGGCUGCCUCCUUGAUGGAAAGUAGUGGACUGAUGCAUGUAAAUGAGAAUGGUGGAACUUGCAUUGAUAAUGUUGAUCAUAAUGAAAGGACAUGGAGGGUUGAUGGGACUGGCACUGAUGCCCAAACAAUGGCAAAAAAUGCAAAUUUGAUUCCUCCAACCUGUGAAAAUGGGAAUGAACCAGCAGGAAAUAAUUCUCGUAACACAAGUUUAUUACCUUCUAAGAGCAUCAGAGAUGAGUCAAAUGACUUGGCUGCUGAAAAUGUGGCGGGGCACAAGUUUAUUAUCAAGACCAGAACAUCAACUGAUGCAUCUUCAUUGAGAGCACAGCGGAUGGAUUCUGCAGAUGAAUCCAAAGGUCAGAUUGGUGAAGAUGAAAUGUCAAGUGAUAAUGUUGAAUAUCACAAUGAGAUGAUUGAUGUUGCCAAGAAGAACAAUCAUUUCUUGAUUGCUCAAUGCUCAUUAGAUAAUGACUCCCUGGAAGCAACCGACAGGAUGGAACAUAACCUUUGUGUGAAGUGUAAUAAAGAUGGUCAGUUGUUAGUUUGUAGCACCACUAGUUGUCCAUUGGUGGUUCAUGAGAAUUGCUUGGGUUCUCCUGCAAAUUUUGAUAAAAAGGGAAAGUUCUACUGCCCUUUUUGUGCAUAUUCGACAGCAAUUUCUGAGUAUCUGGAAGCUAAGAAAAAAACCUCCUUGGCAAGGAAAGAGCUGGCUGUGUUUAUGUGUAUGGAAUUGGUGCAGCAUCCGGAGAAACUUGCUAAGAGAUUACCCAGGAAAGUGCACAGUCAUUCAACACAUAAUGGAGAUGUGGAAAUUUGUGAAAAUGGUCAUUUGGGAGGGCAAGAACAUAAUCAAGUGAAACAAGAUGUUCAAGAUGUACAUGAUGUCAGUGAUCGUCUAUGUCAGGAAAGUAUCGGUAAUAGGCAACAAUCAGAGCCUUCUGCAUCAUUAUCUAUUGGCAAUUUACCUUGUAGAGAAGAAGCAGCAAAUGCAAUUAGUGAAACAGUUUGUGUUCCUAAUGGAGAGAAGGCAGGGAAAGAAAAUUUAGUUAAAGAGUGCCCAUUUUUAAGAGUGCUUGAAGGACAACAGAUUCAAGCACCGGCUAACCAUAGUUCCAACAGUGAUGAUCUAACCUCUAUAAGUGCUGAUGAUACCUCUGUGGAUGAGAGAGAAGCUGAAGGAGGAAUUCCGAAGGAAGAUUUCCAGCAAGCGAAUAAUAUUUUACAGGAGAAACCUGUUUUUGCUCUUAAUAUUGAUGGAGAUCAUACCUCUGAAUCGGAAAACGAAUUUUCUAAUUACUGCAUACGAUUCCGUAGGCGAGAAAGGCAUACAUCCCCAGCCAAUGUUCAGUUGAGACGAAAGAAAGUACCAUGGACAGCUAAAGAAGAAGAGAUGCUUAAGAUGGGGGUGCAGAAAUUUACUAGUGUCAAUGACAGAAAUAUCCCAUGGAAGAAGAUUUUGGAAUUUGGUAGUUCCGUGUUUCUGAUGGGUCGUACAACAAUUGACCUGAAAGAUAAAUGGAGAAAUAUGUGCAAAGGAAGCCCAAGGGCCAAAUAAGGUGUUGUCAUUCUGGUUGGUUUUCUCAUGUAAAUACAUAAAAUUAUUUUUGUCCACAUCUCAAAUCUCAUUUCAUAGGGGACCAGGUAUUUAUCUUGCUUCUAAAAGUAAAGGAUUAUGUUAAUAUAAAACUGAUGUGAUAUUGUAGUUGUAGGCUUGUAGCAAAGUUUUACUUCUUGAUAACCAUUUUUUGUAGAUGACAUGACGCGUCCUAAGAGGAUGGAAGCUUGUAAAGACAUGUCUUGACUGUCUCUUUGUUUCUGAUUAUAUUUAUUGGUUAUGAAAACCUUAGUGAAGU